CGGCGGGGUGGGCGACUGUCAGAGGCGCGGGGUCGCGGUCAGCAGCAGGGACGGCGUGGGUGGCCAGCGGGCAGGGCGGGGGGCUGCUGUCACGGCCUGAGCCGGAGGUCGCUGACAGGUCCGCCGCGCUCCGUCACGACGGGCCGCAGUGAGCGGUGCGCUCCGGCUGCCGGCGCCGCGGCGACACCCUCCGAUGGCGCCCCUCCUGCCGCUCCUGGUGGUGCUCGUAGCAACCGGCCUGCCGGCCACACUCGGGCAGGGUGAGGUGGUGAGCAGAACCACCAGUCGGGACGUGACGCGCUCCCAGACCAGCACCUCGCAGAGCUCGGAGACCCGCCAGAUCACCUCGGGCGCGUUCCACAACACGACCAACACCAGCCGGUCGACGGCCUCGGUCAGCAAUGGCCAGGAGCAGCAGCGCGCCGCCUCGUCCACCACCGACGGCGGGUUCGCCUACCUCGGCCGCACCGACACCCAGCUCAAAGACGACAACCGCACCGGGCCCAGCGGCACGUCGCGGAUACAGUCGGCGCAGCGCACCCGCGAGAACCGCCUGAGCGUCAGCGAGCCGGACGGCGGCACCGCGCUCCAGGUCCGCCAGCUGCGCACGGACCGUGAUGAGAAUGUGACGCUCACGGGCACGGACGACCGGACCGGCACGGAGAGCACGCGCAGCUCGGUGAACUCGGCUACCGUGACGGCAGGGGAUGGCGGUACCGUCAGCAGGGAGAACAAGGCCGUGUCUCGCAGCGUCGACGGCUCCGAGCCGUGGUCCAACGGAACCACGACGGCGGUGCGGGGAACGGACACCAUCGGCUCUGCGCUGGACCAGGAGAUCCGCACGAAUAUAACGCCUUCUCCCUCUCCCUCGCCUUCGCCAUCACCUUCUCCCUCUCCCUCUCCCUCUCCCUCUCCCUCUCCCUCUCCCUCUCCCUCUCCCUCUCCCUCUCCCUCUCCCUCUCCCUCUCCCUCUCCCUCUCCCUCUCCCUCUCCCUCUCCCUCUCCCUCUCCCUCUCCCUCUCCACUGCCACCGUCGCCCACCCCUCCAACGGGAGCGACCUCCCAGGAGACGUCCCCCUCCCUGGGCUUCCAGGACAUAGAAGUGGUAACCACCCCACCGCCACCCAAAACCACACCACCUACCCGGAGACCCGAGCCUGUGGCCGUCACAACGACCAAACCAGCCUCGGACCAGUCUCUAGACAACACAUGGUUGAUUCCGCAGGCAUCUGUACCAAAGACCACGCCUCCCCCUACACCAAAACCCACUCAGCCCCCGACUCCUAAACCCUCCUCCCCAGCCCCAUAUCCGAGCGGGGGCGUUCAGUCAGUGAUCGCCUCCAACCAGUGCGAGCCGUGUAUGAUCCCCUGCGUGGGACCGCUAGCGACAGGCUGCUGCUGGAUGAGCCUGGACUACUGUUUUGAGAAGGGCUACACGCCGGACCGACUGCCCGACUGCGAGAGAUGCUGGCAAAACGAUCGCGCUAAUGAUAGGCGGUGGGCGUAUUUCUCGGGGUAGAAAUAAGAACAGAGACUGUCAGAUUAUACUAUCGAACAGUUAUGGUCAUCAGAUUUAUGCUGAAUAUUUGUUGUUUUUGAUUGAGCAAUAAACCGCACAACAUAUCGCU